CUGUUAAAUCGUCAUUUUAGUUUAAACUACACUAUACGUGAAGAUCAUCUCAUAUUUCGUUGUAAAAACAUUUUCAAUUAUUGGUCACCCUUCAUUUUGAAUGUCAGUUUCGAUAGUAAAAAAAUGGAGACAUCAUCAAGAAUUGGUAUUUUCCUUCUUAUGAUUUAUGUUUUUGGAAGUGUAAAUUGUCGAAGCAUGCCACCAGUUCGUCAUUAUACUCUCGAUAGACUAAAUAUUAAAAGAGCUGAACUAAAACAAAUGUGUGAUGCAAAAGGAGAAAAUUUCUACGAUGACAUUCACAAUAAACAUAUUUCUUUUACAUUAAAUUUAACUGAGAAAUUUAUGACAUGGAAAAAGGAAGUAAGUCCCACUGAUGAUGUAUACAAAUUAGUUCAAGAGCGUUGUAACAAGGACAUGUUACUCAAGGAAAUGUUAAAAAAAUUUAUCGAAUCUUCUCAACUCUGUGCUGAAGAGAAAGAUCGUUUAAAAGGCGAUAAACUGCAAGCGUUAACAUCGAGAUUGAUGGAACUUUUCUGUGCACAAUAUACACAUAGUCAUGCCUUCUCGUCUGAUGAAGGUUGUCUGGAUUUGGUAACAAAUGCUGCAAUUGAUACUUGCAAGGAAAAAUAUAAAACUGUUCAAUUUAUUCCAUUGCCAUUUAUCUACAAUAAUAAAGAAUGCAAUGAUUAUCAAAAAUAUUCAGAAUGUAGAUUUGACGCAAUGAAAAGUUGUAAAGACGCAACAAAAACUGCUGUAGAAGCUGCAGACUCCAUUAUGUUCCAUACAUUCUAUGGUUGUCAAAAUAUCUCAGUGAUCCCUGAGAAAAUAACAAUUAAACGAAGUCUUGUUGAUAAUGAUGAUUUCAUACGUUUCAAUAUAAAUGCAGCGGAGUAUAAAGAAAAAUGUAAUCGUAAUGCAAAUAUGUCUUUUGAAAAUAUUCAAAAAUCUCAUACAUCAAAUUUAGUACAAAUUAUGAAGGAGCAAAGUGCAAUGUUGAUGAAAAUAAAAUUAUUAGGAAUCUCCGAUGCUGCACAACAGGAUGCAAUGAUUCAGGAAUCAUUCAGUAUUAAUCCAACUGUGAAAGGUGCACUCGAAAAUAUGUAUGAAUUAGUGGAACUCUGUCUUCCUGAAAAUGAACGAUUCUCAAGUGAAAAAAAAGCGAAAAUCUUCGAAGAGAGUAUUAAUGAAAUAUGUUCUACGGUUAAAUAUGGUGUGCGAACACUUGCAUCCGGUAAAGGAUGCUUUCAAGAUUUGAAUAUGUUCAUAAAAAUAGCGUCGUGUGAUACACGUGAUCGUGUAGAGAAUAUUUUGUAUUUUAUACCAUUACCAUUUACACCUACAGCUGAAGAUUGCAGUUUAAUCUUGAAAGUUCAUGAAUGUGAAUUAAAUACAGUAAAAGGCUGUGAAAACUGGACAAAAAUUUCAAUUCAGUCAAGACUCGAUGAGGCGAACAAAUUUUUAGGUUGUCAUAAUCGAUAAUUUAUUAAUAUUACUAUACUCUUAUUGGAGAAAAUAUAUUGUUUAAUUUUUAACUUGUAGUUUCUAAAUAAAUAAUUAAUUAAAAA